GAAUCGUCCAAGGCAGUGAAGGGAGAGUUGCAGAUGAGAAUUAAACAUGGGUGUACUCUACGUGCAUGUAAAGGUUCUGCUGCUGUUGUUUGUUUUAAGAGGAUUCUGUGACCAGAAGAUCAUUGGGGGGUAUGAGGUCACUCCCUACUCUAUCAAGUACCAGGCUUCCAUCCAGUUCCGAUCCUCCCAUUACUGUGGUGGGACCCUUAUUCACCCCCAGUGGGUCCUGUCUGCAGCCCACUGUCUGCGGCCGGCCAGAUACCUCAGUGUCGUUCUGAGUGAACAUUCCUUGACAGAGAAUGAGGGCUUUGAGCAGGUGUUCAAUGUUUCUAGAACCAUUGUUUAUAACUACUACAACCCGUCCACAUUCAACGGUGACAUCAUGCUGCUGAAGCUUGAACAGCCCGCUCAUCUCAAUGCCUAUGUUCAAACAGCCCCCCUUCCCGAGUAUUACAAUUACAUCCCUCCAGGCACUGUGUGUACAGUGAGUGGAUGGGGCGUGACCUAUGUCUACAGCUACACCCUGUCUGAUGACCUCAGAGCAGUCCAGGUCUCUGUGAUAUCUUCUGGCACCUGUAAUAUCAUGUACUUUGGGAGAAUCACAGAUAACAUGGUCUGUGCUGGAUUGUACACUGGAGGAAAAGACUCAUGUCAAGGGGACUCUGGGGGACCGUUGAUCUGCGAUGGUGUAAUUCAAGGCAUUGUUUCCUGGGGAAUAAGCUGUGCCAAUGCACACUUCCCUGGGGUUUACACAAAGGUGGCCAACUAUGUGCCAUGGAUACAACUAGUAAUAGCAAACUACUGAGCAAGACAGCCUAAUCCCAAGUGCACCUGUGUGACGUCCCAUUGCAGAUCUAAUUAGAGUGUUUUUAAUGUCUUACAAUGUAAUCUCAAUCAUGUACACAACCCUCCCAGCUGGCACAUGAAUACAGCAGCAUUACUGGCUCCCCACUCAAACCCCUUGCUUAUUUAACUCCGUCUCCCCGAACAGAGAAAUGUCUUCAGAUAAAUGUACAUGUAAAUCAGGAAUGUUAAUAACUCAAUGCAGAAAGCCUGGACGAGACCUUUGCAUGAGCCCAUUUUUCAAUGAGGAGCAAAGGCAGCCCUUCCCAAGUAGUUCUGCAGUAUUCAUCAGUCUGAAUUGAUGGAAUGUUGUAUACAUAUGAUGAAAGUGUAUAAUAAUGCUGGGUGUAUCAUUUUUUGGGUGGACAUUUAAAGGACAUUACUACUUAAAGAACGAGACAUGUGUAGGUUAUUACAUGAACACACUAUUCUCAAUAGACACAAGUCAAAAUCUCCAAGUACAUUUUACACAUUUCACCAAGUGAAGCGAGCUGUCACAUUUACAUGCACAUGAAGAUUAUAAAGGAAACACUGUAGAGAGAUUUAGCCUCCCAGCGUAGCAGCUUCAUAUGCAUCAGCUCAAUCGAAUAGAACAUAUAUGCAUCAGCUCAAUAGAAUAAAUCUCUUAGGGGCAUUUUUAUAUUAAGUAAGUAAAGGGCCAGGAUUGGUAAUAUGUUAACAUUUUAAUGGGUUGCGUUAUUAAGCUACAUCUAUAACUCAUCUGCAGGCAGUCCCCAUUGCUAAUUCUGGAACAGUGCCCUCUAGUGGUACACACAAUUCUGCAGUAUUCAGGAACCUGACUUCCCUGAUAGAGGUUUACCAGGGUAUAGCAUGGCUUUCCCAUGGGUAAUCGUGGUAUCUGUGCUUUACCACAGUCCCCACUGAUUUCCCAGGCUACCCUGUGCUUUACCGUGUCUUCAUUGUGCUUUGCUAUGCUGUAACCACUCUUUACUCUUAUAAGGGCAUAACUGCACACCCAUUGCUGUAAAUGUAUUCCAGGUUGGUAGACAUGUUCCACUAGUAGGUCCACUGUGAUGUGCUGAUGGGGCCCCUAUGAGAUGUUUCAAGUUGAAAAUGUUUUGGCUUAAACCUUAAAGCCAGUAGAAGGCCAAUAGAUGUCUGUAAAGUUCCACUGAUAAGAGCCAUUAGAUGGAUUUUAACUUCUUAAUUCUUCUCUACAGAUUUGGUUCAGAAUGCAUGGCUCUGUAUAAUGUAUGUAUAAUCAGCUGCAAAGUCUCACCUUUGUAUUGAUCUGAUGGCUCUAUAGUUGACCAACGGUGUUUGGAAAACAUGUCUUCAAAUAUAAACCUGUGGGAAGUGGCUGAAAUAAUCAAUACAUAGUAAUAUUAAAAGUGUACCUUUACCUUUGUUUCUAUUCAGUAGUGAAGGUAGUCGUUAACGUAUGUUCCUAGGUCUGUAGUGAUACCUUGUACCUUUUAAAUAAC